UGAAUAGUCACUGAUAUCAGUUAUGAGUAUAGCACUGAGCAUUUUCAGUGCUAUACUUAUAACUGAUAUCAGUGACUAUUCACUGAUUCACUUUAAGAGAUCAAGUCAUAGAACAAAAGAAGAAGAUUUGCUAUCGUCUUGAUACGGAGUUUUCUUGACGCUGCUGCUAAAGCAGCUACUUGCUUGACGAGAGCGUUAAAGUUGGGCGUGUUCAACUUUGUCGCAGUGACUACUAAACGCCGCGACUUCAAAAUUGUAGACGCUAGCGAAUAAAAAAUAAGCGUUUUAAAGAAAUGUUUAUCAGCAAAUUCGCUGACGAAUUAAGAAGCUUGUUUAAGGCAAAUAAAAGCAUCUUUUGCAAACACUACGCACCUUUUAGACAUUUGUGCUAUCUAGUAGGCCGAUUCUUUAACUUUGUAACGAUGAUGUCACUAGCAUGGUGUGUCUUUGCACAGCUUUUCUACUAAUAUACUAUGUAUUAUACUUGCACAAUAACAGCAUAACGAUACUAUCCGAUGACAAAUUUUUUCAUGUAUAAUUAUAUAUAAUCAUAUAAAAUUAAUUAAACAAGUUAAAGGUUCUUGACACGAAUCGAAACAAACAAUUAAUAAGGCAAAUAAGAACCAACAACCGAUCUCAGUUUAAUCUUGUUUUUUUUUUUCUUUUUUUGUUUACUGGCGUACCGUCUAUCUUAGUUUUAUGUUUUUACAUUGUUUUGAUUCUUGAAUUAUAUCAUAUAUAUGUAUUUCCCAUCUAACGUGCCGAUCUUCAUAUUUACACAAACAUUAUUGUGAUGGCCAUUGGUUUUGAGUCUGACACCUAACAGCACAAAUGUCCAGGAAACGUCCAGAGUACGUCCUGGAGACAUUUGUACGUCCUCAGGACAUCUGUGCGACGUCCCCAGGAGAUUUUGUGCUAUAUGGGACAGUUUGACUGUUGGAAUUGACCUUUAUGCGAUCUGCGGCACGCACGUAUCGAUGCCACACGUGUUAUGAUUUCGAGAAAAUGCAGCCUUUUAUCGACAUUUCGCUACAUAUCUAAGAAACAGUGCGAUACGAUUGCACGUGGUCGUGCGAAUUCUUCUUUGGUGGGAAGAGUUUUAUUACCCGUCGUGGGACGACACACUAACAAUAGAUUGGGUUCCGAAACAUCACUUCAUCUGUCGACUGUCAGAAUGGCGUCGACGUCCAAAGGUGGCGGCAAAAACGUUGGCCAUUCUGGUGCGAAAAAGUUGAAUAGUUUGAGCUUGGAGAAGUCGCCGUAUUUACUGCAACAUGCGGCCAAUCCUGUGGAAUGGUAUCCUUGGGGCGAUGAGGCUCUAGAGCGGGCCAAAAAGGAGGACAAGAUGAUUUUCCUGUCGGUCGGCUAUUCUACAUGUCAUUGGUGUCACGUGAUGGAAAAAGAAUCGUUCGAGAACGAGGAAAUCGCACGCAUCAUGAAUGAUAACUUUAUUAAUAUCAAAGUGGACAGAGAAGAGAGGCCUGAUAUCGACAGGAUAUACAUGACGUUCGUUCAGGCAAAAUCAGGUCAUGGUGGUUGGCCGAUGAGCGUUUUUCUGGCCCCGAAUUUAACGCCGGUGACAGGCGGAACCUAUUUCCCACCGGAUGACAGAUACGGUCUCAUAGGGUUCAAAUCGCUCUUGCUAGAAGUUGCGAAGAAGUGGGCACUGCAGAAAAACGACAUAAUCAAAUCUGGCGCUAACAUAGUGGGUCGUUUAAAGGAUAUCGUAGAGCGUAGAGAAGGCCUAAAGGAGGACGAUGGAUUCCCCACGGUGGAAUGCAGCUUACUGUGCGUCCACCUUCUGGCGAACGGAUACGAGCCGAAAUUUGGCGGAUUCGGCAGUCAGUUCAGAAUGAACGCGCCGAAGUUUCCCGAGCCUGUCAACUUCAAUUUUCUCUUCAGCGUAUAUGCUUUGAGCUCUUCGUCCGAGCUGCGUAAGGAGUGUUUAGAGAUGUCCUUGCACACCUUGACGAAGAUGGCUCAUGGCGGGAUUCACGAUCACGUAGGACAAGGAUUUUCGAGAUACUCCGUAGACGGCGAGUGGCAUGUGCCUCAUUUCGAAAAAAUGCUCUAUGAUCAGGCGCAAAUAAUACAAGCUUAUGCUGACGCUUAUGUUAUCACGAAAGAUCCUUUUUACUCCGACAUUGUGGACGAUAUCGCGACAUACGUUGAACGUGACUUACGACAUAAGGAAGGUGGUUUCUACAGCGCGGAGGAUGCGGAUUCGCUGCCGGACUCGCAGGCUUCGGCGAAACGAGAGGGCGCGUUCUACGUUUGGACUUAUGACGAACUCAAGAGCCUUUUGGACAAGAAAGUACCCAACCACAAUAACGUUCGAUUUUUCGAUUUGAUCUGCUAUCACUUCAACGUGAAAAAAGAGGGAAAUGUGCGGAAGGCUCAAGAUCCUCAUGGCGAACUCACGGGUAAAAAUGUGUUUAUCGCGUAUGAGGCAGUGGAAAAAACCGCGGAGCACUUCGGCAUCAGCCUGGAGGAUACGAAAACUUCUAUCAAGCAGGCUUGUCAAAUUUUGUUUAAGGAGAGAUCGAAAAGACCGCGACCUCACUUGGACGACAAGAUGGUCACAGCGUGGAAUGGCCUCAUGAUAAGUGGCUUCGCACGCGCUGGAGCAGCUGUGCGGAACGCAAAGUACGUGGAAUUAGCGACGGACGCUGCCAAGUUCGUGGAGCGAUAUCUGUUUGACGAAAAUAAAGGCGUGCUGCUUCGCAGUUGUUAUCACGGGGAAGGCGACAAAAUUAUACAAACGAGUGUACCGAUAAACGGUUUCCACGAUGACUACGCGUUCAUCAUAAAGGGACUGCUUGACUUAUAUCAGGUUAACUUUGAUGUACAUUGGCUUGAAUUCGCUGAGCAACUACAAGAUAUACAGGAUCGACUGUUUUGGGACUCGCAGGACGGCGGUUACUUCUCAACAGUCGAUGACUCUCAGAUGAUUCUACGAAUGAAAGACGCUCAUGAUGGCGCAGAGCCGUCCGGUAAUUCAAUCGCUUGCUCCAAUCUGCUGCGGCUGGCGGCUUUCUUAGAUCGCAGCGAGCUCAAGAAUAAGGCCGCGCGACUUUUGCGCGCCUUCGGCAAAGGACUCACGGAGAUACCGAUCAUAUUUCCGCAGAUGACCUUGGCGCUACUCGAUUAUCACUACACAACGCAGAUUUAUAUACUAGGGAAACCGGGCGCCGAGGACACGAACGAGAUGUUGAACGUGAUCCGUGAACGUUUGAUACCCGGCAUGGUGCUCUCACUGGUCGAUCACGAGCGGCAGGAUAACGUGCUGUUCCGCAAGAACGCGAUCGUCAGCAAGAUGAAAGCGCACAACGGCCGCGCGACGGUCUUCGUGUGCCGACAUCACACGUGUUCCCCACCCACUACGAGUCCGAGCGAGCUCGCCUCCCUGCUGGACGACAAGGGAUUCUCCGCUCUGUGAACGGCGCGGCGAGGUCGCGCUGGCUCGGAUUUCGCAUUGCGCACGUUCCACGCGUGUCAGGGACGGCGAUACGCAGCGAGGGGAGACGUGUCGCGAUUAUUCGCCGAUAUAUCUUGGCGCCGAUUGUACGCUCGUCCCAGGAUCUAUUGCUGUUAAAUAAUGCAACGUUAGUCGACGAAUUGGUAUAGGGAGAGUCCGCCUCCACCAACCGCCGUAGCAUCGUCCUUGCGACUCGACAUAACUCGGACGAAUCGAUAACACGUCGCGGCCGAGUAAAGAGAUGUAUCCCCCGCUGUUGGCAACAUUGGGGAUGGCUGCGGAGUAAUAAAGCUGUUGUUGUUGCACAUUAUUGCAUUGUAAUGUCGUUUAUUUUUGUUCCGAAUAAAAGUUGCAACUGUAAAAAAAUGUACUGUAA